AUGACGGCCUUCUCCCCAGAGCCUCCGACUCUGGCUUCAGAUGAACAAAACAAGGACCUCAGAAUGGAUGCACGUGGGAAGGAAGAAGCUAACCUAGGAGGAAACCCUACUGACCCAGAGUCCUUCAGACAGAGGUUCCGGUGGUUCUGUUACUCCGAAGAGGCUGGACCCAGAAAAGCCCUGAAUCAGCUCUGGGAGCUCUGCACUCAGUGGCUGAGGCCAGACAUCCACACGAAAGAACAGAUUUUAGAGCUUUUGGUGUUUGAGCAAUUCCUGUCCGUUUUGCCUGGGGAGAUCAGGAUUUGGGUAAAAUCACAACGUCCUAAGGAUAGUGAGAAAGUGGUGACCCUAAUAGAGGAUUUGACCCAAACGCUUAAAGAAAAGGAAGAUCCAGUUUCUCAAGAUUCUGAUAUUUUCCAAGAGGAGAAUCCUGAAGAAGAUAAAACGGUUUCUGUCCUUCCAAAUACUGAGUCCAGGGAAUCCAUGACAUUCAAGGAUAUAGCUGUGAAUUUUUCCAGAGGAGAGUGGAGAAAGCUGGAACCUUUUCAAAAGGAGAUAUAUAAGGAAGUGCUACUGGAGAACUGUAGGCACCUACAAUUUCUGGGCUUUCCAAUGACCAAAUUAGAUGUGAUUUCCCAGCUAACAUGGGUUGAACCAGGGAUUCUGGAAAAAGAAGUCUCAGAAGGCUCCAUACCAGAGUGUGAACCUAGAGGUGAAUUGGAAGAAUCUGUUCAAAAUCAAGAUGUUCUUAUGGACCAAUCAACUUUAGAAAAAAUAAUAGAUAAGUACUUAAUGUGUGGUGAUUAUGGCUUGAUGGGAAAAUCUUCCAAACGUGGCAGAUUAGAGAAGGGCCGUAGCAAUAAGGGAUGUUCACAAGUAGGAGGCACACAAAAGAAAACUCAUGGGAGAGGCAAUAAGGGUGAGGAAUUUGACUCAGAAAAGGGCCCCUCUGGAAGUAAGGCCAAGGAAACUUCAAAUCUAGUUAAGCAUCUAAGACUCUACUUACGGAAGAAAUCUCGGAAGUAUAAUGAAAUCAAGAAACGCUUUAGUUUUCAUUCAGACCUUGUUGUGAACCGCAAAGGGUACACUAGAGAAAAGCUACGGAAACGUAAGGAAGGCAGGAAAGUCUUAAGUCCCUCUUCAUCUCUUACUGAACAUAAGAAACGUAAGAAAUAUAAGAAAAUUUAUAUGGGUACUAAGCCCCAGAAGUGCAGUAACUGUGGGAUAGACUUUACUCAAAGUUUAUCCCUUGUUAAAAGAAGAAGAAUCCCUAUAUGUGAGAAAUGUUGGAAAAGUAAAUAUCAGGAUACAACCUCGAAUAAAGAUGAGGGAACAGAGACUGGAGAAAAAUCCCCUACAUGUAGCAGAUGUGGAAAAUCCUUUGACUAUAGUACCACACUGUCCAAACAGCAGAAACUUUACCUUGGUGGAAAACCCUCUAUGUGCCGUGACUGUGGAAAAGCUUUCAGUAAGAGUGCAUCCUUCACACCCCGUCGUAGAACUCAUAGUAAAGAGAAACCCUUCAAAUGUGAUGAUUGUGGGAAAGGUUUCACCUUAACUGCCCACCUCAUUAAACAUCAGAGAAUUCAUACUGGAGAAAAACCCUAUAAAUGUAGAGAAUGUGGGAGACCCUUUAGUGACAAUUCAUCUCUUAUUCAACAUCAGCGAAUUCAUACUGGAGAAAAACCCUAUACAUGUACUGAAUGUGGCAAAUCAUUUAGUCAUAGCUCAUCCCUUUCCAAGCAUCAGAGAAUUCAUACUGGAGAGAAACCCUAUAAAUGUAGUGAAUGUGGAAAAGCCUUUAGACAGAAUUCUUGCCUUACCCGACACCAGAGAAUCCAUACUGGAGAAAAACCAUACCUAUGUAAUGAUUGUGGAAUGACUUUCAGCCAUUUUACGUCUGUAAUUUAUCAUCAGCGGCUUCAUUCAGGAGAAAAACCCUACAAAUGUAGUGAGUGUGAGAAAGCCUUCCCUACCCAUUCUCUCCUUAGUCGUCAUCAGAGAAUCCAUACUGGUGUGAAACCUUAUAAGUGUAAAGAAUGUGGAAAAACCUUCAGUCAGAGCUCAUCUCUUAAUGAACAUUAUCGAUCUCAUACUGGAGAGAAACCCUACGAAUGUGACUACUGUGGAGCAACCUUUAGUAGAAGUUCAAUCCUUGUAGAGCAUCUAAAAAUUCAUACUGGAAGGAAAGAAUAUGAAUGUAAGAAAUGUAAGAAAACAUUCAAAAGUAAUUCAGGCCUCAUUAGACAUCGGGGAUUUCACUCUGGAGAGUAA